AAUAAAUCGUUCGUAUAUAAUAAGUCUGUAUAGAAAAAAAAAUUCUUCAAAAGCAAGAACUAAAAGAAAAAAAGAGGAGAACCCGGAGACUGUUAUUCAUUCGUCAAUGGCGAAGAAAGCGCUUUUGAUCGGAAUCAACUACCCAGGAACCGCCGUGGAGUUACGUGGCUGUGUCAACGACGUACGUCGGAUGGAGAGAUGUUUAAUCGACCGUUACGAAUUCUCUAAAAAGGACAUCACCUUACUGAUCGACACAGACAAAUCCGGCGUCAAACCCACCGGCAAGAACAUCCGAGAUGCUCUGAAGAAACUCAUCGAUGAUGGGGAAUCUGGUGAUUUUCUUGUAUUUCAUUACAGUGGACAUGGCACGAGGCUCCCACCUGAGGAUGGAAUAUUAGGUGACGCUACAGGGUUUGACGAGUGCAUCACUCCGUGCGAUAUGAAUUUGAUAAUGGAUCAUGAAUUUAGAGACAUGGUGGCAGAGGUAAAAGAAGGAUGUCUCUUGACGAUAAUCUCGGACUCUUGUCAUAGUGGUGGUCUCAUCGAGGACGUAAAGGAGCAAAUCGGGGAGAGCGUGAAUAUUCCGAAACCGGAGAAAUCCGGGUUUGCUAAUUUCUUGGUUAGAAUUGUGAAGAAUUUACUAGCUACAUGUGGAAUGUCGACUUCUCAGAGAGAUCGUGGAGGAAGUCAAGAAACCUUUACGAGACAGAUCGAGUUAGAGGACGGUGAGACGGUCGAUAUGAAAGCAAGAUAUCUACCUGUCGAUAGCUACAUAACUCUUCUCGAGGAACAAACCGGACAGACCGAUAUCAGACAUGGGAAGAUCAGACAAACCCUUGUCAAGGUAUUCGGGCAAGACUCAAGCCCCGUUGUGAUGCUCUCCAAUUCAACGAAAAGAAAUGGUCACAGAGGGUUGCUUAGUAUGAUCAUAGGCAAGCGCGAGGUUAGUACAAGCGGUGCAGGCUCUGAACCCCAAAGUAAGCUUCCCAACAACGGGAUUUUGUUAAGCGGUUGUCAAACAGAUCAAAGAUCCGAGGAUGUUUAUGUGACAAAAACUGGAAAAGCAUAUGGAGCAUUCAGUGAUGCGAUUCAGACGAUAUUGUCGGAGACGAGAAAGGGUAAGAAGAUUACAAACAAACAGAUGGUUUUGAAAGCUAGAGAGAUCCUCAAGAAACAGAAGUUUAGUCAACGGCCAGGUUUGUAUUGUCACGACCGUUAUGUUAAUAAACCAUUUAUAUGCUAAUCACAUUUUUUUUUUUUUAGAUGGUACAGCUUACUUUUUGUGUAAUUUGAAAUGUUAAUGAAAAAAUGCAUGGGGGUUUAUCCAAGCCA